CGAGACAUGACGUAACACGUGAAAGAGUAGGAGGGGGAAGGAGACUGUGAGUCACAGCGGGAACCCCCUUCUCGGGUGGAGACCUGCAUUCUGGACGAGUCAGUGAGGCAGUGAGUCUGUAUCCAGCCCGCAGCCAUGUCACCUGCCGUGUGGGCGCUACUGGCGGCCCUCGCCGCCCUGCAGCUCGCCUGCCGCGCGCAGAUCAUCAGGGUGCCGCUGUACCGCAUGAAGUCCCCCCGACAGCAGAUGGCGGAGGUGGGCACGUCCCUGGAGGAUGUGCUGCGCGCCGAGCGGCCGCUGUCCAAGUACGCGCACCUCGCGGACGGCUGGGGAGCGCCCCAACACAAGCCCAAGCCCACUAACGACUCCAUCGCGCUCUUCAAGUUCCUGGACUCGGAGUUCUACGGCCUGGUGGGGGUUGGCAAGCCUGCACAGCCGCUGGCCGUGGUGUUCGACACGGCGUGGGGCAACUCCUGGGUGCCGUCCAGCCGCUGCUCGUGGUUCAGCGUCCCCUGCCUGCUGCACAAGAAGUACAACCACAAGGAGUCGUCGACGUACCACAGCAACGGCAAGCCCUUCAACGUCAGCAUGGGCUCGUCGACGCUGGCGGGCUUCCUCUCCACGGACAUCGUGAACAUGGGCCACAUCAAGAUAACCAACCAGACGUUCGCGGAGAUCACGCAGCUGCCCCUCAUCUACGCCUUCUCCAAGGCGGACGGAGUGUUCGGGAUGGGCUACAGCGGGCUGGCGAUCGACGGGGCGGUUCCCUUCUUCUACAACAUCGUGAAGCAGGGGCUGGUGGCCCGGCCCAUCUUCUCCUUCUACCUCAACAGGGACCACACCAGCAGCCACGGGGGCAGCUUGUUCCUGGGGGGCUCCGACCCCAAGCACUACAACGGCAGUCUUACCUUCGUGCAGGUCACCACCAAGCUGUACUGGCAGUUCCAGAUGGACGGGGCGUACGUGCACGUGGACGUGAACACCACGCUGGGGUUCUGCGUGGGUGGCUGCCCUGCCAUGCUGGACACCAGCACCACCGUCAUCAGCGGGCCCGCCGCCGAAGUCGACCGCAUCAACGACAUCCUGGGGGCCAAGAGCAUUGCGUUCGGCCGCUACAAGGUGGACUGUAGCACGGCCAGCAAGCUGCCCGAGAUGUUCUUCUCCAUCGGCGGCAAGAACUUCACUCUGAAGGCACGCAACUACAUCCAGGAGGUGUCGUGGGGAGGUUUCACCGUGUGCCUGAGCGCGUUUGCGGCCUCGGACCUGGCGCCGCCGUACGAGAAGCUGUGGGCGCUGGGGGCAGCCUUCCUCGGCCAGUACUACACCGAGUUCGACCUGGGCAAGAACCGCAUCGGCUUCGCUCCGUCCUACCAGGCCAGCUAGUGCUUCCCGAACUGGAGGGACCACUUCAUAGUUCAGUGUCAAUCACGUUUAUAUUUCAUUCUGUUGAAUUAUCAGUCGGAACCAAGAAUUAUUUGAAAAAUACCGCACCCGUGGGAAAUGUGACAGAUGUUAUCUCGAGUUAGUCCCCUAGAUGCUCUUCCAUCAACAGGGCCACAGAGAGGGACAGACUCGGCAAAAAAAUCCCCAGGGAGUUUAGAUAAUUUUUUUUUAAUUCUUGCAUCUACCCUGAUAAUAGAAGUUAUGGGGAAACUCUCACAAGUUAUGCAAUCCAUACCGAUCACGUUUACAGUUAUGGCCACAGUAACGUUUACAGUCUUUGAAUUUUUAUUGUCAGUCACGAGGUUUGAAAUGUUUUACAAAACUAUUUGGCCCUGGGGCCUUGGUUUCUCUCGAUGGUCUGACAACGCUCCACUCGCAUUGUGCCGUGCCUCGCUAUGUCCAGUGACCCCGAUGUCAUUUAUGCAGUGUCUUUGCAUUUUCUGUUUUACCAAAACUAGUGUUCUUUAUAGACAGUGAUAAAUCCUACUCAUUUUCUCAAUAAAAAAUUGUGAUAUAUUAUUACUAGGACAGAUUUGCUUGGAAAUAAAUAAAAAUGCCAGCAUUCUUUUGUCUGGAAAAUUAGUUGAUAUGACAGAGAUCCAACUGAAUAAACUUUACAUUGCUAUUCAAUUUGUCUAUACAUUAAGGUACAUAUUGAUAUUACAAAUUUAUAUUUAUUGGAACACAAACAGAUGAGUACAAAUUGUUGUGAUUUAAAAUUUAUAUGAUGUUACUUAAUUUAAUGUAUGGCUUUCUUUCAUUUUGGUGCAAUAUACGUGUAAACAUGUGGUCUGUGGGAUUGUGCAUGCUUACACAAGCCUUACACUAACGGUGCUGUAGACAGGGAAAACUAGUGUCCCGUAGUUUCACAAAAGAGAUGUAGCCAAGUUAGGAACGAAUUUUAAUAAAAAAAAAUUGCAAUAA